AGAGAGGGAGAGAGAAUCCCAGUCUCCACACCUGUCAGCACAGAGUUCAUGUGGGGCUCGAUCCCAUGAACUGUGAGAUCACGACCUGAGCUGAAACCCACAGUCGCAUACUCAACCAACGAAGGCACACAGGCGUCCCUUAAAGCUUUUUUUUUUUUCUGUAAGUUUGUUUAUUUAUUUUGAGAGAGAGGAGAGAGCGCAAGUCGGGGAGGGGCAGAGACUGAGAGGGAGACCGAGAAUCCCAAGCAGGUUUGAUAUUGUUUUACAUAAAGCUGUUUUGUUCCAUGAAUCUUCCUGAUCUUUAGUUCUGUGGCUCUUUCUUCCCAAAUGAAGGAACUGAGCUGAAUAUUUUAACUACAGAUGCUGGGACUUCUUGAAGCAGCAAACUUUGAAUGGAUCCGAGCCUCUAAGUUCGAGGCAUUCUGGUCUCAAGGGAGAGAAGAGGGAGGGAUGUCUUAAGGAUAUGCACCCCCCCCCCCCCAUCUAGUUUGUUACUCAUCCCGAUGUGUUGAUUUUAUUCUCCAUUGCUGGAGAGCUUUCUCCAAAAGCAGAAAUUGGCCCUCCCUGACUAUGCCUGGAGCAUGUGCGACAGGACCCUGCCACCAUGUUGGCCGCUGUGAUUCUGUACGCCUCUUCCUCCAGUCUUCUCUCCCCUUCAUGGUGCUGCUUCUCCUCUCCAGCAGUGGUGGACAGAGUGGUUCUUGGCAGCCACGUAGCCAUGCAGCUAUCACCAAGGUAGUAUUUUAAGGAAACAUGAGAUAACAGUUCCUCUGUUUAGACGUGGUAUUUCUGCUCUUUACAAAAACUGUGUAGCUUGGAAUUGCCAAUGCGUUAGUGUCUGCAAGGUCGUAGGGAUUAGAAUCUUUUUAAAAAAUGUUUAUUUAUUUAUUUUGAGAGAGAGUGUGGGAGCAGGGGAGGGGCAGAGAGGGAGGAAGACAGAGAGUCCCAAGCAGGCUCCGCACUGUCAGCACAGAGCCUCACGUGGGUCUCAAACUCCUAAAACAUGAGAUCAUGACUUGAGCUGAAACCAAGAGUCGGAUGCUUAACCAUCUGAGCCACCGGGUGCCCCCCUAGUGAUUAGAAUCUUGGGCUUCCGAGAGGAAUAGUAUCUUGGUAUCUUCUCUGACCUUUAGUCUCUGAUGAAGUUGUCAUGGCAUUAAUGGGCCAGUGAGAAUUUGGGGACAUAACACAAGGAAUGAAGAAGGAUGGUUUCUAAGGUGUAAAGUUCGAACCAUCAUGAGGUAGUCACAUGAUAAUGUAGGCUAUAAAGAAAAUAAGUAAUGGAUAAUGUGUUUGUAAAUUGGCAUUGAUUUGGUAUCUCUUUCAGGCUCCUCUCCAAAUUAGUAGUAGGCAUUUGGUUUAUAAUUCAGGUCAACAAUAAUGCUCGUUGCUAUUUAAUCCCUCACUGUACAUCCUGUGGUUCUCUUUACGUCCUGAUAGGGAUUCUGUGAGGUAGAUGAUGUUAUUCUUAUUUGAAUGAGAAUAAAAUCGCUCAGAGAGGUGAAGUAACUUGCAAUACUAUAAAACCACUAUAAAGUGGCAGGGCAUCUGGGUGGCUCAGUCAGUUAAAUUUCUGACUUUGGCGCAGGUCAUGAUCUCGCAGUUCGUGGGUUCAAGCCCCUCAUUGGGCUCUGUGCAGACAGCUCAGAGCCUGGAGCCUGCUUCGGAUUCUCUGUCUCCCUCUCUCUCUGCCCCUCUCUCAUUCUCACUCUGUCUCUCUCUCUCAAAAAUAAACAUUAAACAAAACAAAACAAGAAACACCCAGGAAGUGGCAUAGCUGGACUGUGAACCAGGCCUAGCAGACUCCAGUAUAUUUGUCCAUUGCAUUCCACUUGGCUUCCAUUUUGCCGAGUUUCUGGUAGGCUCAAGACAGUGUUAUUGCUAUGGAGGAUAAAAAUAAAAUCAAGAAACCUACCAUGUAUGGGGCACCUGGGUGACUCAGUUAGUUAAGUGACUGACUCUUGAUCUUAGCUCAGGUCACGAUCUCACAGGUUUGUGAGAUGGAGCCCCGCAUUGGGGUCUACGCUGACCGUGUGGAGCCUGCUUGGGAUUCUCUCUGUCUCUCUGCCCCUCCCACAAUCAUGCAUGUGCUUGUGUGCACCCUCUCUCUCUCUCUCUCUUUCCUCUCUCUCUCUCCAAAUAAAUUAACUUAGAAAGCAAGAGAAAGAAAGAAAGAAAGAAAGAAAGAAAGAAAGAAAGAAAGACCUACCGUGUAGUUGGGAAUAAGACAGGUAUGCCCCUAAAGGUAAUUCAAAGACAACCUGUGACAGGUACCCGGAAUGUGUUACCAAGGAAGUUGAACUGAGGUGCCAUGGGGGUUAAAGGGAGAGGCUGAGGGGCUCCUGGGUGGCUCAGUCAGUUAAGCCUCCGAUUUCGGCUCAGGUCAUGAUCUCACGGUUUGUGAGUUUGAGCCCUACUUCUGGCUCUGUGCUGACAGCUCAGAGCCUGGAUCCCGCUUCGGAUUCUGUGUCUCCCUCUCUCUCUGCCCCUUCCCUGCUCGCACUCUGUCUCUCUCUCUCUCUCUCUUUUUCUCUCAAAAAUAAAUAAGCAUUAAAAAAAGGGGGAAGAGGAUGAGAUCACGCAUGUUGGUUGGGAUGCUCAAAGUCUUCAUUGAGGCAGUCCACUUGGAAUUGGGCCUUGCAGGACUGGUAGAAUCUUGCUCAGUGGGGAUAGAUAAGGGAACAAUUUGUGGGUAGUAGCGAUUAUGAAAUGUACAGGGAAAUCAAUAAAAUUCUAAAGAGACUAUUAGAUAAUAUAGAUGCAUGUAUCUUUAUAUAUGUCCACGUGUGUCUUGUGUGUGCCUGGAUACAGUCACCCACACAUUCUUUAUAAUGACCUUAUAUUCUUUUGGGGGCACCUGGGUGGCUCAGUCGGUUAAGCAUCUGACUCUUGAUUUUGGCUCAGGUCAUGAUCUCAUGGUUCCAUGAGCUUGAGCCCUGCAUCCAGCCCACACAGACAAUGCAGAGGCUGAUUGAGAUUCCCCCCCUCUGUCUCUGCCUCUUCCCUGCCUCAAAAUGAAUAAAUAAACUAAAAAAAAAUCUUAAACAAAAAUAAAGACCUUCUAUUUUUUCAAAAGCAGAAGACUAAUGGUUUUAAGUCACAACAUUGUCCAAACUCUGUUCUCCACUUCUACCUAGAACAAGAAUAUGUCUAAGCAGCAGUUACUAUUAAUAGACAUUCAUGUUUAUACCGGCCAGGUAGGAAUGAACUGGUUUUUUUCUUUUGUGUCAUUUUUCUUUUCCCCCCAGGCAUCUAACUGCUGCCUUUUUUUUUUCUUUCUAAGUAUUGGCUCUUCUUUUCUAGCAUGUUGAAACGUUAGACUUCCUGUUUCUGCUUGAUUUUGAAAUUAUCUCCUGUUCGCCUAUCACAGGUAAUCCCUGGGUUUCUGUGUAGACACAGUUUAUGGGCAGCCAGUGCAGGCAGCAACCAGUCCCUUCCCAUUGUGGAUGUGGGGACCUCUCCGGAUUCACAAUUAAAGGCUCCAUAAUGCAUUCCACUACAGGUGACGAAACCCAGCUCCCAGAAUAACAAGCAAGACAGCUUUUAAAGUGACUGCUGUUGACCAGUGUCUUCUGUGCGUUUGUUUGGUAAACGUAUGGUGGAUUUUUUUUUUUUUUUUAAAGAAUGGUAUAAAUUCUUUGGAAUUAUUCUCGGGGGAAGGCUGACUCUUCCUGAAGGCAAUACAGUUACCAUAGAAUCCCUAUCAACAGAGUGGCCGUGUAUGUUCCUCUGGUCUUUGUGACUACCAAGACGCCGUGAAGCCGUCCUUCUGACCGAGGACGGGGGCGGGAAAUGCUGAAACUAGUGGCCACAGAUGUCUUCAAUUCCAAAAACCUGGCCGUGCAGGCGCAAAAGAAGAUCUUGGGGAAAAUGGUGUCCAAAUCCAUCGCCACCACCCUCAUCGACGACACGAGCAGCGAAGUCCUGGAUGAGCUCUACCGAGUGACCAAAGAGUACACCCAGAACAAGAAAGAGGCGGAGAAGAUCAUCAAGAACCUCAUCAAAACAGUUAUCAAGCUGGCCAUUCUCUACAGGAACAACCAGUUUAAUCAAGAUGAGCUGGCACUGAUGGAGAAAUUUAAGAAGAAGGUUCACCAGCUCGCCAUGACCGUGGUCAGCUUCCAUCAGGUGGAGUACACCUUUGACCGCAACGUGUUAUCCCGGCUGCUGAAUGAAUGCAGAGAGCUGCUGCACCAGAUCAUCCAGCGUCACCUCACUGCCAAGUCACACGGACGGGUUAAUAACGUCUUCGACCAUUUCUCAGAUUGCGAUUUUUUAGCUGCCUUAUAUAACCCCUUUGGAAAUUUCAAGCCCCACCUACAAAAACUCUGUGACGGCGUGAACAAAAUGCUGGAUGAGGAGAACAUUUGAGCGUAUGAGCGAAGACUGACUGCUCGUGAUUUAUUUGAAAAUGGAGCACUGCUGAUGUAUGAAGGAAAAAAGAAUUUUUUUUUUUUUUUUUUUU